AUGGUGAUCGCCGGUUCAUCUGAGCCGUCGCCAGAGCCCGUUGCCGCCUGGUCGGCUGUGGUUGCCAAGCCUCCGGCGGAGCCCGGAAGGGCGACCAUGGCGAUGAAGCCCCCUCUACCGCCGGCUCCGACACCCGUGACAGCAGUCGUUGAAAAGACUCCUCCCCACGCACCCGCGGAUCCCCUUGCCGGGUCAGAGACUGGCCCGUCCGCUCCAGCUGCUGUUCCGUCUGCUCCGCCUGCGGCACCUGGCCCACCGGCUCCCCUUGUCGAGCCGUCGGCGUCUGCCCCUGCUGGGGGUGUUGCUGAGCCCCCUGUACCUGUCCCUGGUGCCCCUGUUGCGCCGACCGCUUCUGUCCCCUGCUUGCCUGCGCCUGCCUCUGCUUCGUCACCAAAGGCGGCGUCCGCCACCACUGACGAACCGGCUCCGUCGGUUGCGCCCGCAGCGGGUCAGUCCGCCCCUGCUGUGACGGCGGUGGCUCCGGCAGGCCACCCGUCGCGCCCUCCAUCACCUGACCGUCGCUCGUCGCGCCCCCAUUCCCCCGCUCCCCAACAGGAACGCAAAUCGUCUCGUCGCCAGCGUGAGGCGGUUCGGGAGGAGAGGGUGGCGCAUAGCCAGACCAGUUCGCUGCGCGCGUCGUCGGCCCACGAGGCUCCUCGUCCGGCUGCGCUCCCCCCGAACUCGCUGCCUGUUGCUGCGCCUCCUCCUCAGAUCCUGGCGCUGCCAGCUCCUUCUCCCGCUGUAUCGGCGCCUGCUCCCGGCUCUCGUCUAUCUCUGCCGCCGGUUCCGCCCGUAGCGGGAGUGGAGUUUCUGGCCGCGGGUGGUGCCUCGUUGGCGGCUCCGUUUGCUCUCCCAGCUGAUGCUCAUGAGCCUCUCCAGUUCUUGGCGGAGGCACUCCAGCCUCCGCAGACCCGUGUUCCCGAGGCGACUCUCGGACAGCUCCACCGCCUCGCUGACAGUCUCCACGCGCUGCUGCUGAUUCAGGUGCUGGCCCACUCGUCUCUCCCUGUGAUCCCUCCCGAGACCUUCCGUGGCCGCCAGCGUGACUCUUGCCUGGACGCGGCGGACCAGCUCGCGGUGCUGCUGGCGCCCGUGUUGGCUGCGCCCGCGGAGGGUGGCGCUGCUGCUGCGGGACAGCUCGACGAGGCUGUCCGGGGCUUGAGGCGGCACUUGCGCGCAGGAUCUGGAGCCGCGGCGAUCGGCGCAAGCACGCUUGUGGUCUGGGAGCUGUGGCGCUCCCUGACGGGCGUUCUUCACGCCCUUGGAGCUCACCGCAUGUAG